GGACGACGAUACGUGAAUACUUAAUUAGACAAUAAACAUAGAGAGACGUCUCAAUGUACUUAUCUACAGAUUAGGUCACCGAGUACGUACCUAGACCUACUAUAUAAUAAAUAAAUUAUCGAGGCGAAUUUCUAACUCGAUUCCGUAUUGCUCGUUGCGAUGGUCGUACAUUGUUGUACCUACAUUACGCUAUAACGUAGGUAGGUCUACUCCUACAGGUGCUGAAUUAAAUAAUUAAGCUUAACGUUUCGUACGCGAUUUCGGAUCUCAUCUUUCGCGAAUUUCAACCCAUACCUACGUACGAGUAGUAUUGCUGCGGUGUUUUAAAAUGUACCUGGAUGUUGUAUGGGUGGUAUUAUUGAUCUGUCUGUGUUCCACCGCCGUGGUACGCGUAACUGCAGAUGCUGCAGACGAAGACAGAGCCGGUCCAAGUUUCCAGCAGAAAUUAUCGCAGAAUAGGCAGUCGUUGAAUGCGGGAAAUUCGCUGACUCGUACCAGAUCCAAGUAUGCGAAUCGAGAUCCCAUCGAUAAAUGCGUCUACAUCAAUUGCCCGAUACCGAUGGGUAUACCGAAUCCUAUAUGUGGUACCAAUGGAAGAGUGUACUGGAGCAUGGAGCAUUUGCAGUGCGCCGAAAAAUGUGGACGAAAAGUUCAAUUCGCACAUUACGGAUUCUGCGCCAAUAAGAACACAGUUAGACCUCUCACUGAUUGAUGCAAUCGAUGACGGAGCACCUUCGAAUGCAAAUGCUUCAAGCACUAAAGUCACCUCAGCAAUAACGCGACGAAGCACCUUUGAAAUGUGCCAAUCAAACGUACUCGUCGUAUUCGCUCCUGAUCAUUGUAUCAAAUGUACACGUAUAUUUUUCUACUAUAAGAAAAUCACAAAUAUAAUUUUUAGUUUUCUUCGAGAAGCUUA